CAAAUGGCGGCUGAAGUUGAUCAGCAGAUGGAAGUGGACGAACAAGCAGGUGCGGUUACUGUGAAAAAGUGGAAUGCAGUUGCGCUCUGGUCGUGGGAUAUAGUAGUGGAUAAUUGCGCUAUAUGCCGCAACCACAUCAUGGACCUAUGCAUUGAGUGUCAAGCGAACCAAGCUUCAGCGACAUCAGAGGAAUGUACAGUUGCGUGGGGAGUUUGUAAUCAUGCUUUUCAUUUUCACUGUAUUUCCCGUUGGUUAAAAACACGUCAGGUUUGUCCUUUAGACAACCGAGACUGGGAAUUUCAAAAGUAUGGUCAUUAA